CUGAAGCAGCGGCGGCGGCAGCAGCAGCUCGGCGCUCGGCUCGGUGGUGUUAAACGAGACUGUAAGCUAGGUGGCCGCACGAUCACAUUUAUCGCGCAGAAGCUGUGCCAGACGCACAUGGGAUCCGUCCUGCGUACCGGGGGAUCUUCAGCACCCGCAGCCGAGCGGAGGGCACCAUCAGCCCGGUCAGGAGGAGCGCUCAGCCUGCCUGGACUCUUCCGCUGACGCAAAACAAACGCACAGACACACACACACACACACAAACACACACACACGCGGAACAAACACUACACAUUUCGGAGGUGAUAUUCUUCCUUCCUGAGACACAAAGUGUUAUUUAUUUAUAUCGUAUGCGAGCCUGACAGUCAGCCGCGGCGGACAAACUGCGUGUUAGCGCGGGGAGGUCGGACUUGUUUGGCAGGGGAAACACACUGAAACACACGCGAAAAGACUCCCGUUCUGUCGCCCCCCUUCUUUUAUUUCCUGUCAGUUUUUUUUUCUUCUUCUUGCGAUUUAUUUCCUGCUGCCAAAACCAGGAACCCGGGACUGAGCCCUUACUCCGAGGAUGAAAGAAAACUAGAUUUGCGAUCGAGGCUUUGAGGUUGUUUUACUGGAUUUAUUUCGCUGUGGAGGAAAAGCGAUCCGGGAGCGGAGCGGUGCGCAAAAAAGCCGAGGUCUUCCUCCUCUCUUCUCUCCCUCCUUUCUAUCUCUCCAUCUAUCAAUCUGUCUACCCAUCCUCUUCUAUCUAUCUGUCUCUCCAUUUGUUUCCAUGUUUUUAGGUCCGUGCGAUUUUGCUAAAAUGCAUCAUCAACAGCGGAUGGCAGCUUUGGGAACAGACAAGGAACUGAGUGACUUACUGGAUUUCAGCGCGAUGCGAAACAGCGAUUUGAAAAUGUUCCCAACAUCCAUGAUGUUUUCCCCUCCUGUUAGCAGUGGAAAGAACGGGCCAACCUCCCUGGGGAGCGGACAUUUCUCCGGCUCAAAUAUGGAGGAGAGGACGGGUGCAGCAUCAUGGGCGAGUGGAAGUCGUUCUUCCAAGAGUUAUGCCGAUGGGUCUCAGUACAUGGCGUCACAUGACAGCCUCUCACCUCCGUACACCAACUCCAGGGUAACAGGUAAAACAGAGAGGAGUUUGUACUCAUACGGCAGAGAGUCCAACCCACACUGCCAUCAGUCCAUACUGGGUGGUGGCGAGUUGGGCUUGGGGAGUCCCGGUGCGGCGUCGCCCACUAAGCCAGCCGGUCAGUACUACCAGCACUACAGCUCCAACCCGCGGAGGAGAACGCUGCACAUGGACACCAUGGACAUUCACACAAAAAAAGUGCGGAAGGUCCCCCCUGGCUUGCCGUCCUCGGUGUACGCUCCGUCUGCCAGCACAGCCGACUACAACAGGGACUCACCGGGUUAUCCCUCCUCCAAACCUCCCAGUGCUGGCUUCCCAAGCUCUUUCUUUAUGCCAGAUGGUCACCACAGCGGCGAUCCCUGGACCAGCAGUAGCAGCAGUAUGAGCCAGCAAGGUUACCACGGCAGCAUGCUAGGUGGCGGGAAUUCAGCCCACGGCGCUGCCCAGAGCUCCUCCUACUGCGGGAUUCACCCUCACGACAGACUGAGCUACCCGUCUCACUCGUCUGCAGAUAUCAACUCCAGCCUUCCUCCCAUGUCCAGCUUCCACAGAGGGGGAGGUGGUGGGGGCGGGGCAAAUCACUACAGCACCGCCUCUUGCACUGCCCCUACCAAUGGAACAGACAGCAUCAUGGCUAACCGAGCACAGAGCGGAGCAGCCAGCAGCUCUCAGACAGGAGAUGCCUUAGGGAAAGCACUCGCAUCGAUCUAUUCUCCUGAUCACACGAACAACAGCUUCUCUUCCAAUCCCUCCACCCCAGUCGGAUCCCCACCCUCCCUCACAGCUGCCAGUUCAGCCGUCUGGUCGAGGAAUGGCGGGCAGGGAGCAUCAUCGCCAAACUACGAGGCUCCACUGCACUCUCUGCAAAGUCGCAUCGAGGACCGCCUGGAGCGUUUGGACGAUGCCAUUCACGUACUGCGAAGCCACGCGGUGGGACCGUCAACGGGUAUGGCCAGCGGUCACGGAGACAUGCAUGGCCUCAUCGGGGCCGCACACACGCACAACGGCGCCAUGGGUGCUCUGGGCAGCGGAUAUGGAACGGGGCUGCUAUCGGCUAACAGACACUCCCUCAUGGUGGGCUCUCACAGAGAAGACGGCGGCAGCGUGGGCGGUUUGCGUGGAGGACAUUCGAUGGGGGGUCAGGUGCCGGUGCCUCAGCUGCCGGUUCAGUCGGCCACCUCGCCGGACCUCAGCCAGCCUGACCCGUACCGUGCUCUGUCCGGAGGCCUUCAGGGCCAGAGCACCUCCUCCGUCAGCUCGGAGAUCAAGUCUGAGGACGAAGGAGACGAGAACCUCCUGCAGGACUCGAAGCCCCUGGACCCCAAGAAAGAGGACCCCGACAGCAAGGAGCUCAAAUCUAUUGAGAGGUCAAGAUCUAGCAACAAUGACGAUGAGGACCUGACUCCAGAGCAGAAGAUGGAGAGAGAGAGGGAGCGAAGGAUGGCCAACAACGCACGGGAGCGUCUUCGCGUCCGCGACAUCAACGAGGCGUUCAAGGAGCUGGGCAGGAUGGUCCAGCUGCACCUGAAGAGCGACAAACCUCAGACAAAGUUGCUGAUCCUGCACCAGGCCGUGGCUGUCAUCCUCAGUCUGGAACAGCAAGUCCGAGAGCGAAACCUGAACCCAAAGGCGGCCUGUCUGAAGCGCCGCGAGGAGGAGAAGGUCACCGUGACAUCAGACGGGACUCCCCUCUCACUGGCCGCAGCGCACCACUCCGCCGCCGCCAUGGGUGAUGGGCCGAACCCCAUGGGACAAAUGUAAAACGCAGCAACAUCUCCUCCCCCCUGAAUGGUCCAAGGUGCCAGAGUUCAUCAAGAUGAUGAGUGACCACUUCCUCUGAAGGCAUUUCCAUGACAACCUGGCAAUCGAUCAAAACUGUUGUUGCUUCAGCCUGACCAAUCAGUUUCUCUGGAACCCCAACCUGACCAAUCAGAUCAGCCUUUUUCUCUCCUCUCGUCUGUCGUCUCUGACCCUCCUCUCUGUCAUCGUCUCCUUCUUCUAUCAAGAACACAAACUGCAGAGUCACGUUAGUUGCUUUCGUCACUUUGCAUCUCCAGCUGAAGUGAACUGGAUGCUUCUUUGCGGAAACCUAAAAAAAUGGCCGCUGUGACAUGGCUGCUAUGAAGCGGCAGCUUUUGACACAAAGUGACACCAAUGGACAAGUCUUUGGAAUCACACCAUCGAAGAAACUUCUUCUUGUGCUACAUGUUUUAUCAGCAUUCCCAGUUUUAAAGAACAAAAGGGUUCUAUAUAAAUAUAUAUAUAGUAUAUAUAUAUAUAUAUAUAUAUAAUUAUAUAUAUAUAUGAGAAAAGGAAAAAAUAAUAAAACAUUUAUACUGCACGCGGGCAGUGAGGAGGGAAGGGGUUGGGGAGGGAUGUUCAGAAUGACACAAAACAUAUCACAAAGUGUUUAAAGAGAUUUUUUGUAACAAAAGCAACAUUGCGCAGCUGUUGUUGAAUGCAGCUCCAGCGCAUCUCUGACUGAAUGGCAAUCUAACGCCACACUGUGGAUGAAGCUGUGCCUGAUCUCCUCUUGGAUGCAAACCAGUCAGAUAGAUACACACGGAGAAACAAAGGAAACAAAACUAAGAAAUGAACACAGGCUGCAAACUCAGACACAAACAGUAAGCAAAUUUCCAACUAUAAAUCAAAAUGAAGAAAACAUUAGGACACCAAAUGUGUUGCAAUCAUGCAGCUUUUCAAAGGUGCUUGAAUUGCUGACGGAUUUGAAUGAAAACUUUUGCCAAUGCUUGACUAUCAGAGGCAUCUAGAAAGAAGCAGGGCCAACAAGAAGUGACGACUUCUUCCCUUUCUAAUGCAUUCCCUUACAAAGUGCAAAUAUUUGCAUUGUCAGUGUAAAAGAACCUGAACAUUAGUGCUCCUUGCUGGUGCACACAUUGAGUUUUUGGAGACUGCAAACUUGUGUAAAGUUAUUGUGUGAACACAAAUCCAAAAGCCAGGAUAUUUGUACCCAAAUGACCCGUGUGUAUCUACUGGGAGGAAGAGAGUUCUUAAGGGAAUCAAUCACUGAAUCAGUCAAUCAGCGAGUGACUCCAGAGGGACUGGGGAAUAUUGAUGAAUUACAAUGGAUAGACAGAAAAGAAAAAUGAUGCAGAAAUAGGAAAACUGUACUGUUAAAUGCGGCAGGAAGGAAAGGCUUUCAUGGCAUCCUCGUUUUAGAUUGUUGUUGUGGGUUCAAAUUACAGAAAGAGCUGUAGAGCAAACAUCCUGAAUCAGUCUUUUGUCAGUUAUCCAAUGACAAAGUUUGAGAGUGGUAUCCAGACUGUUACUGAAAUCGAAGGAUUGCUGAACAGAUGGUUGAGGGGACGGACAGAUGACAGGAAAGAUUUUUCAAUUGACGAAGUGGGUUAGAGCUGGCCUGAUCACUGGAGUGAAUUCUAUUCCAUGAUUAGCACAUUCCCUGAAGGCCUGAACUCUGAGAGUUGGUAUGAAGGGGAUUAAAAGCUAGAGGGAGAGAAAAGGAAAAGCAGAGAAUCCACUGGUUUCAAUGACUAAUGACGCUGCAGGGGAAGUAAGGGAACAGUCAUCAGGGCAAGGGGUGUGUAAUUCCUUUCAAGGGUGCAAGCAGCAGUUGUGAAACCAUUCCUGUGUUUGAGUCAUUUGAUUCCCUCAUUUCCUGAUUGAUCUUAGCCCUAAAUAUCUAACCCAGCCUCCAAAUUCAGAGAGCUUGGGUAGGGGGGACUUUCCAAUUGACACUUGCUGGCUGGGGACAACUCUGUGGCCUUGUGUUCAUUUUGGCCUUUCGUCCAUAGGCAAAAGUAGUUUUCACAACUUACCUUUUACUAUAAGGAUAAAGAAGAAACUAUUUGCAGUGCUGAUGUGGCAGAUAGGGAAAGCAGAGGUUUUGUGGCUUGUGACGUUAGUGCUUCCAAUUGGCGUUUAGGGGUAGCCUGUUGGUUUGGCAUGCCCUUGACAGUGCUUCAGUUGUGGAUGUUAUCUUUUAAACAGUGUGGAUGGGGUUGGGGGAGGGAGGGGGGGAUGACAAUGAAAAAUUGAGAUGUUUUGCCAGACUUGGUGUUACAUUGAUGACUGCCAGCAUUUUGAAUAGCUUUUAGAUUAGAUCAGGAGGCCUGUUUGAAACAAUGACCACCCAGAUUCCCGGACUGGACCGGGGGAAACUGCACACCGAAGUAGCAGUUUUAGCACCUGGUCAUGUUCCAACAUAACAACUCUGUCACAGCACAGUUGGUGCUUCUGCACCAGAGAAACAAAUAUGAGCCGACUCUGGCUUGUGUCUGUAACUACCAGAAUGAGGAAGGUUUCAGGUUUUACCGGUUUUAUCUUUAGCAUUAGCUACAAUUAGCUGCCCUUAACAGCUUUGAGGCUGUUAAGGGCAGCUAAUUGCCGCUAAUUCCAGUUUGAAAGUCCAACUGAUAAUAUGUUACUUUACUCUUUACUCAAAGUGUGUUCAGUUCUAUGCCAUGUUUCUUGAUUUGAUAGUAGUAGAUGAUAAAAGGAACAGGAGCAGGAAAAAUCAUGAUGUCGGAGGUUAUGACCACUCAAGUGAGAAUUGGAAUUAGUAGAUAAAUCAAGGCUACUGAUAAUAUCUGCAAGAAUUGUGGCGUAAGUCUGGAAGUCCCCCCUUCACACCAGUUUGAACCACGGUUUGAACCCCUCUAUGUCCGGGCCUAUGUUUAAUCCCCAGUCCCAGUGCUCUGCUGACCCUAGCCUUAUGAGCCCUGAACUAGAGUCUAUAGCCCCUCUUCCCAGCCUCUUGCCCCACUUAAGCGGUCCCACAGAUGCAAUUUGAACAUUCACACUUCUACCAAUGUGCCUUUUUAGAGUUCAUAUCAUUCGAGUUGCCAGAGGAGGACAUUUACCUGGUCUUUUAAUAGGAUGCAAGCUUAGGGAAACCUGUUCUUAGUCGUUAGGUUCUAUGCAGUCAGGUUUUUUACCAGACCUGGGAAUUUGAAAAAAGCUAAAAAGGAAAAAAAAAAAGUAUUUUUUGGAUAAAAAAAAAACUAAACUGUAUUUAAUGUACUGUACGCUUAUAUGUAAGUAGACAGCGUGUUCUGGCUUCAAGCCAAUGGGACAGAUGCUUGAUUUAGCAAGACUACCCCCCAUCCCAGUCCUCCCCAUCCCCCAACUCCAGCCCCACUUUCCUGUUCCGAGCCCCAACCCUGUUUCCACGGUGAACAACGCGUCUCUUCUUGUAUUAUAGCUUAUCAGCUUUUUAUCAAUAUUUGAUCGGCUUGUCCAUGAGCCAAUGUAGUCUUCAGUACAAAGUGUGUGGUUGUAUGUUGUAAAACUAAUUUUCUUUUUUGUUCCCCCUCCCUCUCUCUUUCUCUCUCUUGCUCUCUUUUAUAAGAAGAAUCUUUUCUCUUAUUACUUUUUUUGUCUGUUCUGGUUUACAUGUCUAUUACAGAAAAUGUAAAAAACAAAACAAAAAAAAAGACAAACACAAAAAAAACACAAUUCGCUAUCCGGCAGCAUUGUUAACUGUCGGUGGUCAUUUUGACGCGGUUAAAAUUCUACCCAAUCAACAGGAAGGCACGGAAACUGGAAAAGAAUCUAUUUGAAUAAAUCAAUCUAUAUAUAAAUGUACAAAAAAAUAUAUACAAUAUAUAACGAGGGUGCCGUUUUCUGUUAUUUUUUUAAUUUUCCGUUGCAAAGGGAGUAUUUGCUUGGCAAGGAGUUCUUUUCUCAAAGACUGAACUGGCGGAAGUUGGCGAGGCCCCUCAGUGUUAUAAAUUUUCAACUGACUUCGUUGUAUUCUCCGUUGUUGCCACCCUCUGACUAGUACGGCACCCUGCGCAGGACAAAAUGGGACCGGAGUUCCAUCAGCUCCAUUCACUGCUAUCUAUCCAAGGCAACAACAACACACAGACAUUUGUAAAUUGUAUGCAACAAAAUGGCAAACUUUACCAUUAUUUUGAAAUUGUGUAUGUAAAAGUUAUAUUUUUACAUGUAGACUGUUGUUAUUUUGUGUUUUAGAAAUAUGUUGUAUUGGUUUUUUUCUUUUGUUAAAAGAUGAAAAAGUAAAAUUCAGUGUGUGUUGAAAAAAUGUGUCACAUUGAAAAUGUAGUGAGGUCAAAAGUUCAGAAAUCAGUUUUUUUAAUUAUUAUUUUUCAAUAUUAUGUUUAUAUCUGUGGGGGGCAUUUUGAGGGUUAGAGGGAGGAAUCAGAAAUCAUGAAAGGGAUAUGACAUUAAUUCUCCAUGCCUCAUGACAUUACAUUUUUAAUUGUAUUUUUUCGCAGAGAUGUGUGUAAAUAGCCAUCAGCCAUUUUCUGUGGGGUGAAGAUUUGCCAGUGAGACACGAUGAUCAUGAUGAUGAACUUGUUUUGAUUUUUUAGUGCGGUCGUAUUCGUCCGGUUACAGUAGCCAGGUGCCAAGUUUUUGUUUCGAUCAGUGGUGCUCUGUACUGUUUGUGGUUUUGGUUGGCAACAUCUGAAGUGUAACUCAAACUGUCGUCUCCGCUUGCAUCAAGCAUCACUUGUACCAGAGCCGAUGUUAGUCAUUUGUUUUGCGCGAUUUAAGAAAUUUGUUUUAAAUUUCUUUAAAAAAAAUAAUAAUUCAAAUUUUUUGCAAUAACAAAGAAAUUGAAAAUCUGAAACAUAAGCGAUGAUGAAAUCUUGACUGAGGUACCCAAAGAGUGUUCACAAUUUGCAUUGAUUUUGUCGCCAGGUUGCGAGCCAGCUCUGACUGCUGUGCAUGUAUUUUCCUUAUGAUGGCAUAUAAAUGUGGAUGAAAAAAAAGAUCCUUAACACCUGAUUCAAGAUUAAUGGGAACAUUUUGUUUGGAGAUUAGAGCUUUGCUAAAGCUCUGGUUACACAGGACUAAAGACUGGCUGGCAAUUCCCUGGCAACCACAGAUCACUAAGAAAAAAAUGUGUAUUCCCCAACCAGUUGAGAGUGGUUGCUCAAGAGUUCUUGCAUUUGCUAGGGAAAACUGUUUGCAAAGAGCUUUAUGGUGUUGCACUGAAAACCUCCUUGUGAUUGCGUUGGUUGCUAGCAGAAUACAACGGUAGUUGUAGUUUACAUGGCAAUGUGGACUCACCAGCUACUUGCCAAAUGGUAGUAAAACUGUGGAAAGUGCAAUGCAAACAACAGCUAUGUGAAUUUAAAGUAAAAGUUGAGCAUUUUGGAAAAAUAAUGUUGGCUGCAGAGGUUAAGCAUAACUUUUCCAAGUUUCACUAUGAUUUGUCCACAUCGUCCAUGCAAAUUGCAGACAACCAUGGCAAUCUAUUCAGGUCAGUUGAAUUUUAUUUAUAUAGCACCAAAUCACAACAACAGUUGAGUCAAGGCACUGUAGCGACUGAAGCAAUCAUAAGGAGGUUUUUUUGUAUAGCGCCCUCUUUGCGAUCAAUUGUAAUUAACAGCUGUCAGCAACCACUUUGCUUAUCGACCAGAGGUUGCCAGGUUGCCAACCGGACUUUGAGGCCAGUCUGACUGAGGCCUAAUAUAAAGAAGCAGGUCAUCAGCAAAUAAUCGUAUCAGCUAUUUCCCCAAAAAGAACUCAGAUGAUGUGCAAGGCAGUUUCAGUCAUUUGUUUCUAGUGUUUGCCAUUGAAAUUGAGCCUUUUUGUCAGCAGGAAAAGCUACUUAGAAUUGGACCUAGGUUAAACACAAGGAUUGAAUCUGUCAGUGCAAGUGCUACAUGUAUUUUUUAAGUAAUGUUAUUUUUGCGAUGCUUCAUUUCAUAUUUUCUCUUUGUUAUAUAAUCAAGUCAUCUCCAGAAUUACAGUACCUUCAUUUUUUGUUACCCCUGGUGUUCUUAUUAGCCAAAAUGUUAACAUUUUUGUUUCUUUUUCCUCCUUGUUGUACAUACACACCUCAUUUCUCUUUUUCAGUGACUGUGCCAUGAGCUUUGUAAUCUGUUACUCUGUACCAGUUUUACUGCAAUAAUGAGUUGAAUUCAAAAUGGCCACUCCUGUCCUUUGUUUUUCCAGGAAACGUUUUUCUAUUUUCUCACAACUCUAAGGCUAAGUGAGCAUUUGGGUACAUUCCACAGAUGAGCACUUGCCAAGAUCAGUAGCACAAUAAAGUUGGUAUAUUUGUAUCAUAGAAAAAUGCAGUUUCAAAAGAUUUAAAAAAAAUAUACUCAACAUUUUUCCAGACGACUUCCUGCAUAACUUAUCAUAAAUGGAAAUAACAAAUGAACAAUCAGUUUUUCCACUGCCAGAAAGAGUGCAUUUAAAAUUCCUCACAAUAUUUAUGAUAAUUUCUUUAUGCUGUCUUAUCAGUUUCAUAUUCAUAAAUCAGUGUAGUUGUCUUACUAAACCCACACUAGUAUUUUAGCUGUUUUGUGUUGUGCUGAUGAAGGCACAUAAAGGUUAUUUCACAUUUCAAAAGGGCCUAUAUGAAGAAAAAGAGCACACAGCCAAGAGAUUUUCUAAUUUCUGAGACAAUCUGAAGUAAAUCUCUUUUAGACAGCGAUAGUUUAGUGUUCAGUGCUAUGAGAAGAAAAUCAAAAAAUUUCUGUCAAUUCCAGAUUAUUUGCUCAUAGUUGAAAUCACUGAUGUUAAGUGCCAGCUAACCAUUCCUAGCACACAUUUUCACCCAUAUCCAGUAAGAAGAUGGUUAUCGGUUUUAUCUUUGUGCAUCCAAAGUGUUACCAGGUGUAUGAUAGUUAUUGUAUUUGUACAAUAAGUUAGCUCUUUGUACAAUGUACAAUCAAUAAUUCUAAAAACCCCUAAAUGUAUGAUCAUUUUGAUGUCAUAGUGUCAUCAUCUUUUUUUCCAUAAGAGUAAAAUGUUACAGAACUAA